AUGCCCUCUCAAGUCCACCCUCUACCAGAGAGAUCAAGGGUCCAUGACUUCCGUCGCAAUCUCACCUGGGAUACAGGGCUGGAAUCCGGCUCUGGAGGGGGAGACACCUGGAAAAGACUGGUCAGAACACAGGAGGGAGGAGGAGAGAGAGAGUCAGCACCCAGCUCUAUCCGGCUCCGCCCCGCCGGGACCCAGGCCACCCGCCCGCCCGCCGCUGGGCUCGCCCCGAACGCGCAGCCAGGCUCUGCCGGCCGGGCGCCCUCCCAGCCGGGGCGGGGAUCUGGCCUCGAGCCGAGAGAGGUCCUGGAGGUGACCCCAGGGAUCCCCAGCCCAAUCCCCAAACUGAGGGGGCGGGAGUGGAGGGAAGCGGGAGAAAGUGCACGCCCGCGGGCGGGCGGGGGCGUGAGUGAUCUUAACCCAGCCGCAGCCGGGGAAGGCCGCAGGGCUGACCGGCGGGAGGGCCCUGGGCGGUGGCUGCGGGGGCGGACGGCCAGGCCCCGCGCAGCGUCUCCGAGCCUUAUAAGGGCUUCAAGUCAGCCCAGCCAUCUGGAAUGUGGCGGGGACCCGGGCGGAGGGAGGCGGGGCGGUGCUGGGACCUCCGCCCCCCCGCCGGCCUCCGGGAGGGUCCGCCCCGCUCGUGGAUCUUGGGAGAGGAAGGUCCACCUAGGACGUGAGGCCCGAAGCCUGAAUUUCUGUGUCCUUCAAAAUGAGGAAGUCAGGACCGGCCUACACUCUGGCGUUCUAGAAAGCGGGUACUGCCGGGUCCCAAGUAGGCAAGGAGGAAGAGCGCGAGCCACAACUCCAGAAGUGCCCCAAGGAAGGAGGGCAGCACAUACUGCCAGCGAGCAGAAGCCAGAAUUCGAGGGUAUCACUGAUUGUCUCAGCUCCCACAUCCAGGAUACCAAGUCCUGCCAUGUUUGCUUCCUGUAGUCCCUCUCAGAUUCAUCAAUUUCUCUACAUCUCGGUACUAGUCACACAUUGCUGGAUAAUAAAUUUCUCCAGAACUCAAAAGCUUUGUUUUGUUUGUUUUUUAUAGUUGUUGUUUUAACAGAGAGAGAGUGGAGAAGGGCAGAGGGA